AUACAUAUUUUAUCGGAAUUCUAGUAAUGUAUAAAUAUGUAUCAUAUAUCCUCUUCCGUUGGCUUGUCCCAAUAAAGUACGGUUAGGUUAUUUAAAAAAAAAAACUAAAGAAAAACAAAAAGUUGCUUUGCUUGCUUCUCAUUUUUGACUAAAAUGCAAAAUAACGUUGAAUUCCUUUCGUCAGACAUGGAAUGUACACAGGAAUUGUCAUCUUUCGUCACAAGACAAGAUAUAUUAAAUUUUCCUUUUCCAUACAAAUUGUGGUUAAUUGUUCAUUUAGAUUAUUGUGACUUUUUACGUUGGAAUCGAGACGGAACCGUGAUAUUGCUUGAUUUAAUAGCCCUAGAAGAUUAUUUAAAUUCUACUCAGUCUAUUUUUAAAAUUAAAAAUCGUUCUGUCUUUUUGGAACACCUCGAGCAGUUUAAAUUCGACAGACUUAAUGCCAUGCCGGAAGCGGAUGAAGAUUUACUCCUUCAGUACAGGAACGAAAACUUCCAACGUCAUCGCCUAGACCUUCUAGCAAAAAUACGACGACAUACUUAUCAAUUAUUGGGAGAAAUGGAUCAAAAGAAUAAAACCGAUGUGGAGACCACUAACCAAUUGCAGCGUAUGGCUGAAGAAAAUAAAUACCGCCAGGUUGCCGAUCGUAUGUUGGGCGACUUGUGUUUUAUGUCACAUGGAGGUUUAUCAAAUAUUCAAAAGAGUAGAUUACGCUUUCAAACAGUUUUGAGUUUUCAAAAUGAAACACGUAUUUUGGAAGACAAAUUGCGCGCGUCUGAUGAAUGUGCAGCUAUUCAAGCUCAACAACGACGCAUAAAAUCUGAUGUGACUAGUCGUUCGGGUAACGGGCUUGUAGAGGAAGAACAAGUUAUAGAGCUACCCGUUGAUUUAUUUGAGAAUCCGCACGAUUCGGUGUUACAUUUAGGCGAAGACUUUCGCCCAGAAUAUGCAGGCUAUUACGGCAAUUGCAGUAAAGAACAAGUCCUUCAUUUUUUUGGAGAUUAUUUGCCAAUGUAUGAAGAUGGUUCAAUGGAAAUUAAAAAAAUUGUAGCUGAAAUAUGCACCGCCAAUCAACAAGCUAUUUUAUCCACUGAAGAAUCAUUUGGCGACCAGAUCCAUGUUGGUGACCAAGAUGGUACUUUAACGUCGUCUACAACCCCCUCAUGUAUUGGGCAUCAAAUUUUACCCACGUUAAAUUUAUCUUCAACUUUAGAACCAAUUUUUAAGAACGACGAAGAUGACGAUGUAAAUCAUAGUUUAUCUAAAUCGGAAGAUAAUUUGAACAUUUGUGCUAUGGGAGAUUCCGAAGCAGAAAUUUCCAUGGAUGAGUUUAUUAAAUUCAAGGAGAAUAUCAAAGAAGAUAUGAAAGUUAGUUACGGGGAAAACCUAAAGGAUUUCCCACAAAUGCCUACAGCUAUAAAAAUGGAAAUUACAGAUGAAUCUGAUUCUGAAAAUGAAGCAAAUUUUAGAAAUUUUUUCAGUCAGUACCGUGCAUCUCUAAAUUUACUUUAUGAACGUCAUUAA